CACUUGGUCUUUACCAUUGAGCACUUGGUCUUUACCAUUGAGCAGACAAGAACGUUGGGUUCACCUUGAACCAAGUUCGACGGCGAGCGCGAAGCAGAAGACAACCCCCUUAUCUCAACUACGCCUAUCUGCCAGCGCAUACAGGCCGCCACCCGCCGUCAUGCACGCGUCCACCAUCGCCUUCUUCGCCGGCCUCGCUACCCUCGCCUUCGCGAGCACCGCCCUCCCUGCCGCCACCACCACCGCCACCACCACCCAUCCUGAGAAAAGAGAAGGCUACAUAAAGACCGGUCCCAACAGGGGCAACGUCUACCACGGGAUGAAGUCCGGAGCGGGCACUCAGAACCAUCAUCACUCCCGCUCUGCGCCGGACGCCUGCGCCGCCGGGUGCAACGGCGAUUUCCAGCAGUGCAUCAAGGCUGGCACCGCCAUCCAAGUAUGCUCAUCCAGCUACGCCUCCUGCCUCGGGCACAAUCCCUUCGACAGGAACCCUUUCGAGGAGCCCACGACCUGCACGAAGGCUCUCUACCCCAGCCCCGAUGAUGCGCCAGACGCCUGCGCCGCCAAGUGCAACGGCGACUUCCAGCAGUGCUUCAAGGACAGCAAGCCUAUGCAGACCUGCGUCUCCGACUACACCCACUGCCUUGGGUACAACCCAUUCGAAAAGCUUCCAUUCCGGGAGCCCACGGCCUGCAAUAAGAAAUCCAUGCCAGAGAAGCGCCAGACAAUAUUGUGUGUGCACCAGUGCGAAACGACCUACAGCUGGUGCAAGAUGAUCCACGGGUCUCAUUGUGACGCAGAUCGGAUCAGAUGUCUCGAUAAAUGUCGUCCAGUCUACGGGAGGGCCCUCAACACAAGAACAGAGCGGCCAGAGAAGCGCGAGAUGGGAUGUAAGACUAUAUGCACCGACCGUGAGAUUCUCUGCGCCAUGUUCCGGAAGCAGGAUUAUUGUGCGGAGAAAAAAGACAAGUGUUGGGAAAAAUGUAACUCAUAAACUUAAGCGACCCUCAGAAGAACAGAGUGGCGAUAGAACGCAUCGAUGCGGAGCCUGGGCUGUUGGUCGACCGCAACAGGUACCCGAUUGCGCGACUGACCGAGCGGUCGUUGACGUUUUUCCUCU